AUGUUACCAGAGCAAACUUGUAGACGUUUUACCUUUGCUGAGAUUAAAGUUGCAACUGAAAAUUUCCAUGACACAUUAGUUAUUGGCUAUGGGGGAUUCGGGAAGGUAUAUAGAUGUCGUAGCAAGGAGAUCGGGUUGGCAAGUGAAAUUGCAAUCAAGCGGUUGGAUUCCAAGUCCAGCCAAGGAGCCGGUGAAUUUGAAGCUGAAGUUGAGGUACUUUCUAAGCUGCGACAUGGUAAUCUAGUGCCGCUCAUUGGUUAUUGCAACGAAGGUGAAGAGAUGAUUCUGGCUUAUGAAUUUAUGCCUAAUGGAACCCUUGAUGAUCAUCUCCACAAAGACAACCGUACAGAUAUAUCUUGGUUACAAAGACUAAAGAUUUGUAUAGGCGCGGCUCGUGGAUUAGAUUACCUCCACACAGGUACAGCAACUCGAUAUGGGGUCAUACAUCGUGAUGUGAAGACCUCCAAUAUUUUGUUGGAUGCAAACUUUGAUGCGAAAAUUGCAGACUUUGGAUUGGCUAAAGUUGGCCCAAUAAAUCAGACAAGAACUUUCGUGAGCACUGGACUCAAAGGGACAUUUGGGUAUAUGGAUCCAUGUUAUUCCAAUAGCGGUAAACUGACAAGAAAAUCUGAUGUUUAUGCUUUUGGUGUUGUACUGUUUGAGGUUCUGUGCGGGAAGAAAGCCGUCGAUCCAACCCUGGAUGAAGAGCAAUGGAGUUUAGCAGUUUGGGCUCAAGAUAAAAUUAAAAAAGGAAAACUAAGCCAACUUAUCGAUUCUAGGCUGGUGGGACAGAUCUCAAAAAGAUGCUCGAAAGAUUUUAUAAGCAUAGCAGGACAGUGUUUACAUAAUCAACCAAAAAUCCGUCCAACGAUGUCUGAGGUUGUGGUCAAGCUUGAGUCGAUUAUGUCAAAACAAAGAAAGGUGAAGGAGGAUUAAUUGACAAGGUAAGAGUUUUUCACACAGGCAAACCUAACAUGGUGGCAGCUCCAUUUUCAUAGAAAGGUAUUAGGAUAUUUAACAACAGAAGUCCAAGAAAUUUCAUGUAUGCUGAAUUGAAAAAGGCAACAAACAAUUUACAGCACAAAGAGUAUUCCAGAUCAUUGCUUGAAACCAUUUACAAAGGAUGGGUCCAUGAAAAUACAUAUGCCCCAGAAGAAAGUGGUGAUGGUUUGGAGAUUUAUGUUAAGAUGGCAUGGACCAGAGAAUGGGAGGUACUUGCAAUCAGACACGGUAGAUUUCAAAGUAGAAGAGUUCAUUAAUCAGAAUCUUGUCAACCUGUUGGGAUAUCAUCAAAGUGUUGGUAAUCGUAUAUAUCUCGUCUAUGAGCUAAAUCCAGAUGCUGGUUUAGACAAACUUCUUUUUAGAGAGAUACGAACCUCUCCUCUUUCUUGGGUUGCCCGGUUGAAGAUAGCUAUAGGGGCCGCACACCUGUCUUUCUUGCAUCGGAGAAAGCGAUUGUCGUAUAAACAGUUUAAGACUGCUGUUAUAUUGGUGGACAAGAAUGUUAAUGCCCGGCUUUCGAAUUAUGAAGUGGGGUACUUCUGUACAUUUGAAAAUUCAGACUUCACUGAUAGAUGUUACGCUUCGCCAGAGUGGCAGUGUUCAACGUAUGUGGCAGUGUGGUGCUACUGAAGUCAUUUCGAGCGGACCUGGGAUGAAGGCAUUUGAUGAGUACAUAUCAAAUUUGAUAGAAUGGGCUACUCCAUUACUAACACAUAUAUAAGGCGAAUUUGGGAAAGAUUAUCGACCCACAACUUCGACAGGAAGAAAAACCUCCAAAAGGAGCGUUCAAGUUCGCUUUACUUGUUUCAAACUGUCUUUGUCCUGAUCCAAUUAAGCGUCCUUUCAUGGAAGAAAUCGUAAGGGUUUUGGAUGAGUAGUGCUAUGGAAUAUAUACAGGGUCCAAAUAUUCCUUUAGCUUAUAAAUCCGUUUUGAACUACCAUUACUUUUUUUCUAUCCUUAAGCUUAUAAAUAGGUGGUUGUAGUUAAUUUUCAUGUAGCCUAGCUUUUACAUUUUGUGAGAAGCAGUAGUAAUUUCCUUUUCC